AUGUUCGUCCAAAGCACUCUUACAGCUGUCGGCCUCCUCUCCCCAGCAGUGGGUGCGCAGAGCGAAUUUCGCCAUCGAUGUGCUUAUGGUGACGACUGCUGGCCAAGUGAUAACACUUGGAAGCUAUUCAACGAUACUAUCGGUGGAAGAUUGAUUCGAUCUGUGCCGUCUGCUGCCGUCUGCCAUGCCGAAAGGUACAAUGCAAAUCAAUGUGCUAUUGCAAAGAGUGGCUGGUUGGAUAGCUUCUGGAAGACAAAUCAGACUGGGGGCUAUGCUGCAAUGCUAUGGGAAAUGGGCGAAAGUGGAAAGUGCUUCGUUGACACGCCCGUCGGAGCUCCCUGUGAUCAAGGAAUUGUACCAUACUAUUCAGUUGGUGCCCAAGAUAUAGAGGACAUUCAGGCCUCAGUAAAAUUUGCAAACGAGAAGGACUUGUAUUUAGUGACAAAGAAUACGGGGCAUGAUCAUCUUGGCCGUUCGAGUGGGAAAGGAGGACUUUCAAUCUGGACACACAAUCUGAAGGGUAUCGAAUGGCACGACUCGUUUAUCCCUCAGGAGGCACCUGUCGAUGCCAGUGGAAUGCCCGCCGUGACACUGCAGGCUGGAGAGCAAUGGUUCGAUGUGUAUCAGGCUGCAGCGAAAAAGGAAGUUCUGGUUGUGGGAGGAUCUGCUCGCACGGUGGGCGCAGCAGGAGGAUAUCUACUUGGAGGAGGACAUUCACCAUUCGCGCAUGACUAUGGCCUUGCUGCAGACAAUCUCCUGGAAAUGAGCAUCGUUUCUGCGGACGGAGAACACCGCGUGCUCAAUACCUAUUCAGACCCGGAAUAUUUCUGGGCCGUUCGAGGGGUGGUGGCAGUGCCUGGGGUCGUGACAUCAGUCACCUACAAAACCCAUCCGGUCCCACAAACGCUCCUGAUAGGCGUUGUGCAGCUGAAUGCAUCCAACAAUUACAGCUUGACAGACUUACUUGCAGGCUCUAUGAAGCUUCUUCCUAACGUGACCGAUGCUGGGUAUACCGGAUAUGGAAACAUGGACCAGAGGUUUGAGGCGAUAUUCCUCAAACCAAAUGGGACCAUAGGAUCCUUUAAUAAAACCUUUGCCGGGUUCUUCAAUAUGUCCAAGGCUCCUGGCAUACAAGGCGCAGUUGGUGCCUACCUGUCAACAUGGAAUGGAUAUUUGAAAACAUUCCUCCAGGAUCCAAACAUUGGUACCAAUGUCCAAGACACCUCACGACUAUUGACCGCAAGUGUCAUCGAUGAAAAAGCAGAGGAUUUAGCGAAGCUCAUUGUCGAUAACGGUGGAAAAGGAGGUUUCAAUUUUAUUGGCAAAGUCAAUAACGACGAACGUGACAACACGGCAGUCAACAACAUUUGGAAGCACAGUCAUGCCCUAAUGAGCAUAUCUAUUGAUUGGGCUGAUAAUGCGACGAAGUCUGAGAAGCACAAGAAGCGGCUACGCGCCGUAAUGAUGAGCAAAAAUUUUACAAACAUUGUUGGCGCUAAAGGAGGAACAUACAUCAAUGAAGCUAAUCCGUAA